ACAUAAAGACCUGUCAUACAGGGGAUAAGAAAGAAGGAAAAGAAAAAGGAUAGACCAUCUUGCUCAGAAGUUAUUUCUACAAAGUUGUUGCUUGAGAGUCGAGUGAGCAGUUCUUUGUAUUUUCUUUGAAGGAUCAAUAUUUCAAGAUGCAUGAAGCAGAAGGGUCUGACUGACAAGCUGCCUUGAUACACGUUUAUUCUAACUAUGACUGGAUUGACUGAAAGUUGCCUCAAAGAGUUUCUUGUCUAUAUUUACAUAACUGUUGCAAGCUACCUAGUCUGACGAAGUUGAACUUCAUUCUUCAAGUGUGAUUUACUCAGUACAGCCUAGAAUCAUGAUGAAAAAGAAGAGCAUACCUGCAAGUAAACCUUUCUUGAUCCUCUUUCUGUGCCAAAUUAUUUCUGCAUUGGACGUACCUCUUGACUCAAAACUUCUAGAAGAAUUGUCACAACCUCCUACGAUAACUCAUCAAUCUCCAAAAGAUUACAUUGUUGACCCUCGAGAGAAUAUUGUAAUACAGUGUGAAGCCAAAGGAAAGCCACCUCCUAGCUUCUCUUGGACACGCAAUGGAACUCAUUUUGAUAUAGAUAAAGAUGCACAGGUAACAAUGAAACCAAAUUCAGGGACCCUUGUCAUAAAUAUUAUGAAUGGUGGGAAGGCAGAAGCAUAUGAAGGAGUAUACCAGUGUACAGCAAGGAAUGAACGAGGAGCAGCCAUUUCCAACAAUAUUGUUAUAAGGCCUUCUAGAUCGCCUUUGUGGACCAAAGAAAAACUAGAACCACAUCAGGUUCGCGAAGGUGAUUCACUAGUACUGCACUGCAGACCUCCUGUUGGCUUACCACCACCUAUAAUAUUUUGGAUGGAUAAUGCUUUCCAAAGGCUGCCUCAAAGUGAAAGAGUUUCCCAAGGUCUAAAUGGAGAUCUUUAUUUUUCUAAUGUACAACCAGAAGACACCCGGGAGGACUAUAUCUGCUAUGCAAGAUUUAAUCAUACACAAACUAUACAGCAGAAACAACCCAUUUCUGUAAAAGUCUUUUCAAUGGAUUCAUUGAAUGACACUAUAGCUGCUAAUUUGAGUGACACUGAUAUUUAUGGUGCGAAGCCAGUUACAGAGAGGCAGCCCAUUCUUCUAACACCAACAGGUAGCACGAGUACCAAAGUGGAACUCAGAGGAAAUGUGCUUUUGUUGGAGUGCAUUGCAGCAGGAUUACCCACACCGGUAAUCCGCUGGAUUAAAGAGGGUGGGGAACUGCCAGCCAACAGAACAUUUUUUGAAAAUUUUAAGAAAACUCUCAAGAUUAUAGAUGUUUCUGAAGCUGAUUCUGGGAACUACAAAUGUAUAGCAAGAAAUACACUGGGUUCAGUUCAUCAUGUCAUUUCAGUAACCGUGAAAGCUGCCCCAUACUGGAUAACAGCACCCAGAAACUUGGUCUUGUCUCCUGGAGAAGAUGGGACAUUGAUCUGCAGAGCUAAUGGCAACCCAAAGCCUAGUAUAAGCUGGUUAGCAAAUGGCGUUCCCAUAGCAAUUGCCCCAGAAGAUCCUAGCAGAAAGGUAGAUGGUGACACCAUUAUUUUCUCUCACGUGCAAGAAAGAUCAAGUGCCGUCUAUCAGUGCAAUGCUUCUAAUGAAUAUGGAUACUUGCUAGCAAAUGCAUUUGUGAAUGUUCUGGCUGAGCCACCGAGAAUUCUAACUCCUGCUAAUAAGCUGUAUCAAGUCAUCGCAGAUAGUCCUGCAUUGCUAGACUGUGCUUAUUUUGGGUCACCUAAACCUGAAAUUGAAUGGUUUAAGGGAGUGAAAGGUAGCAUCUUGCGUGGAAAUGAAUACGUUUUCCAUGAUAACGGAACCUUGGAAAUUCCGGUGGCUCAGAAAGAUAGUACUGGUACAUACACAUGUGUAGCAAGGAAUGAAUUAGGAAAGAUACAAAAUGAGGUGCACUUGGAAAUUAAAGAUCCAACAAUGAUAAUUAAACAGCCAGAAUACAAAGUGGUUCAGAGAUAUGGCCAAGUUUCAUUUGAGUGUAUAAUAAAACAUGAUUCUACCUUACUACCAACAGUUAUAUGGUUGAAGGACAAUGAUGAACUUCCAGAUGAUGAAAGGUUUCUAGUUGGUAAAGACAACUUGACCAUUAUGAAUGUAACUGAUAAAGAUGAUGGAACAUACACUUGCAUAGUUAAUACUACUCUGGACAGUGUUUCAGCAAGUGCUGUGCUUACUGUUGUUGCUGCUCCCCCAACUCCAGCUAUCAUUUACGCUCGGCCAAAUCCACCCUUUGACUUGGAAUUGACAGGUCAGCUAGAAAGAAGCAUUGAACUUUCAUGGAUACCAGGAGAUGAAAACAACAGUCCCAUUACACACUUUGUAAUUGAGUAUGAAGAUGGGCUGCAUGAACCAGGAGUAUGGCAUUACCAGACGGAAGUUCCUGGAACUCAGACAACAGUACAGUUGAAGUUGUCUCCGUACGUCAACUACUCAUUCCGUGUGGUAGCUGUCAAUAAGAUUGGCAGAAGUCAACCCAGUGAACCAUCUGAGCAGUACCUGACAAAAUCUGCAAACCCUGAUGAAAAUCCUGCUAAUGUGCAAGGGGUAGGCUCAGAACCCGAUAAUUUGGUAAUAACAUGGGAGUCUUUAAAAGGUUUUCAGUCUAAUGGACCAGGACUUCAGUACAAAGUCAGUUGGCGCCAGAAGGAUGUUGAUGAUGAAUGGACAUCUGUUAUAGUUGCAAAUGUAUCUAAAUAUAUUGUGUCUGGUACACCAACUUUUGUUCCCUAUGAAAUAAAAGUACAAGCUUUAAAUGACCUGGGAUAUGCACCAGAGCCGUCAGAGGUGAUUGGACAUUCAGGGGAAGACUUGCCGAUGGUUGCUCCAGGCAAUGUGCAGGUUCAUGUUGUUAACAGCACAUUAGCAAAGGUGCAUUGGGACCCAGUUCCACUAAAAACUGUCCGAGGACACCUCCAAGGGUACAAAGUUUACUACUGGAAAGUGCAGAGUCUAUCCAGAAGGAGUAGGCGGCAUGUAGAAAAAAAGAUCUUGACUUUCAGGGGAAACAAGACUUUUGGAAUGUUACCAGGGCUGGAGCCCUAUAGUUCUUACAAGCUGAAUGUUAGAGUUGUUAAUGGUAAAGGAGAAGGACCAGCAAGCCCAGACAAAGUAUUUAAGACCCCUGAAGGAGUUCCUAGCUCACCCUCCUAUUUGAAGAUUACUAACCCAACACUGGACUCUCUGACUCUGGAGUGGGGUUCACCUACGCAUCCAAAUGGUGUUUUGACAUCAUAUAUACUGAAGUUUCAGCCAAUCAACAACACACAUGAAUUGGGUCCCUUGGUAGAGAUAAGAAUUCCUGCCAACGAGAGCAGCUUGAUAUUAAAAAAUUUAAAUUACAGCACACGAUACAAGUUUUACUUUAACGCACAAACUUCAGUGGGAUCAGGAAGUCAGAUAACUGAGGAAGCAGUAACAAUUAUGGAUGAAGGUAAGAUGGCUGGUAUUCUCCAUCCUGCUGUAGGUGCAGGCAAAGGAUACUCAGAAAUCCUUUUUGAAACCUCCCCAGUCAUGCACACUGUCCGUCCAACAUUCUAUAAGGUUCAACCACUUUAUCCAAGGAUCAGAAAUGUUACAACAGCUGCUGCUGAGACCUAUGCCAAUAUCAGUUGGGAGUAUGAGGGACCAGAUCAUGCGAACUUUUAUGUUGAAUAUGGUGUAGCAGGCAGCAAAGAAGAUUGGAAAAAGGAAAUUGUAAAUGGUUCUCGAAGCUUCUUUGUCUUAAAGGGUUUAACACCAGGAACAGCAUAUAAAGUCCGGGUUGGUGCUGAGGGCCUGUCUGGUUUUAGGAGUUCAGAGGAUGUGUUUGAGACAGGUCCAGCAAUGGCGAGCCGGCAGGUAGACAUCGCUACUCAAGGAUGGUUCAUUGGUCUUAUGUGUGCUGUUGCUCUUCUGAUCUUGAUUUUACUGAUUGUUUGCUUCAUAAGGAGGAAUAAGGGUGGCAAAUAUCCAGUGAAGGAAAAGGAGGAUGCACAUGCUGAUCCAGAAAUACAACCUAUGAAAGAAGAUGAUGGAACAUUUGGUGAAUACAGGUCCAUGUCUGCUUGGACAGGAAAGAAACUGGACAAGGAAAAGAAAAGAAAAGGUAGCUGUACCAAUUCUCCUGAAGCAGACCCUGUCUGUACCAAAGCAAAGUCUGUGAGAUCUGACAGAUCCAACUUCUUCAGAAGGUCAGGGGAUCAAUACUCCAACACCAGAUCAGAGACCUCCUACACUAGGAGGAGGGCUAGGCAGCCUUCAGAGCUGACAAGGGUUAGUUGUAUCUCUGCUUCCCUCUGCCAAGAGGAAAAGAGGUCAGACGAAUGGAAGUACAGGCGUGGCUCUAGACAUCAUGCUUCUGAGCAAAUGAUAAUGGGGUCGGAGAAGGGCUCAGAUUCUCAGGCAGGACAGCCAUCCCCUUUCCAGCAACCCCUCAACUGCAACUCAGUUGGUGGCUCACUGGCAAGGCAGCAUUCUUCUCUCCAGCACUGGUGCAGCCAGACCCCAGACUGCAGCUCAGAUUCAGAAGACACUGAGAGCUUCUGCCCCAAGAAGGUAAGACCUUCUACUGCUCCUCACUUCUCUGAAUCUGAAAAGAAUUCACUAUUGAAAUCUGUAAUUGUGCCUGAGCUAGCUACUGUCUUAAAGGAUGCUUUGACAGCAGCCAGACAAAGUAUAACAUCUGUGGCACAGGUUAGGUCCCAUUCAGUAAAGCAUCCCAGGGUACCAAUUACAGAAGUUCCAGUGGCUCCUUUAGAAGCAUCUGGGAGCAGUUCCCAGACUUUUGAGUCUGACCAUAUGGACAGCUUAAAAGAUCAAACAGCUUUUGGGAAGGAGAAACCUGAGCUUGACGAGGCCUCCUUGGAGGUUGAGUCAGCCCGUGAAGAUGGGGAAGUGGCAUCUGAGUCCCCUACAGAAGAUAAAGAAGGACCAGAUCCUCUGCGUAAAUUUGACAUGGAGAAUCAGAAUUAUCUGUUCAAACACAUAAAGAGGGUGUUAAUGCUAAAAUCUUCCAAAUCUGAGAGUGCUUCAGAAGAACUUCUUAUCCCCUCUGAAGAAGGCAAGGUAGAUAAUGCACUUCCUAUCCAUUCAGCUGUGGAAGAUCUUGUCUGCAGGAUUUGGGGUAAUCCUGAGGCCAAGCAUGAAGCCCCAGCAGUACUACGUAAACUUUAUCCUUUUCCAGGGGAUAAAGCUGCUUUGUGGGGGACCUUGCCUGAGGUAGACAGAGCAUUGGUUACUGGUGAUUCUGUACUGUCAGUGCCUGAUAAUAGAGAUGCGCUCCCUAAAGAUCCUACUGACAAAAAGAUUGAGGAAGCAAUUAAAAGAUCUUUCAAGCUAGUUGCAGCUCAGCUUGGAGUAUCUAUCUACUGCACUUAUGCUUCUAAGGCUUUACUUAUAUGGUUGGAGGAAGAACGAACCAGAUUCAAAAAGAAACGGUUCCCGUCUGCUACCAUGCAGAGGAGACGCAGGCUAUGUAAAAUUGCAGCUAAUUUUAUCCAUGAUGCAGCUGAGGAUUCUCUUAGACUCACUGUUAAAAAUAUGGCAUGCCUCACUGUAGCCUGGAGAACUAUAUGGCUGCGUCCUUGGACCUCAUUGCUAGAUCUAAAAUGUAAACUGCUGUCUUUACCAUACACAGGGGGCAAGCUAUUUGGUGAAUCCUUAGUCCAGAUCAUGAAGGAUUUCUCAGAACACAAAUACUCCUUACAUAAGAUGAAAAAAAAGAGCUCUGUUGGAAGCUGCUCCUUUUCUUAUCCUCACAAGUGUCUGAACUCCUUGCGUUCUCCUCCGAAGUUCAAAGGAGGGAAGGGAAAGUACAAGGUCUCACAGUCAUUCCAUGCCAAGUACAAAAAGACAUCUCACUCUGAGAGAGACACCAGACCAUCGAGAGGAACUUUCUAAGAGCAUAGACUUGCUUCCUACUUUCUCAGGAACUGAGAAGAGUGAAAGAUGGAAAUGUUUCAAUAUUUCUGGACAAGUAAGCCCAGUCCUCAGAAAAUUAGUUGUUUCAAAAUAAAAUUAAAACUAUUAAGUUGCUUAGAUCUUAAUGAGUAAUUAAUACAUACUAGAGAAAUGACAGCUCUUAAUUUUAGGGGAGGUUUUUUCAGAUUCCAUGUCUAAGCUUCUCAGUGGUCUUCGGAUGGCUUGGAUUUGUUUGAAGUUUUGCACUCCUCAACUUCAUCUAAGAGCAUACCUUCCGCAGGACCAGCCAACAUCAGAUUUUUCUACCAUAUCAAACUAAAUAAGGAAAUAAUGGUUUAGGAAAUGCAGAUGUUUCAAGAACCAUGGAAUGACUGUGUGCACUAUGUUCCUGUGACUGGAUUCCUUCACUUUCACAUAGUAAGGGAAAACAGUGCCUCUGUAGCAAACUGCAAUGAGAUAGUAAAUUGUGGACAGUCAAUGCUUACACCAAGCAACUGCAAGAAACAGAAUAAGUAAGACAGAUGUAUAUUUAUUUAAAUUAAAAUAAAAGAUUAUAUAGAGGUCCUGUUCAGGUGUAUACAUCAGCCUAAUUUCCCUCCUGGUCCCUAAAUUGAGAGAAAUUAAGAAGUUAUAACAGCUACAGACCUAUGGGUUUAUAGAUAGGGAGAGACUGGAAGCUUGCGUUUUUUAGUUAACUACAAAGGCAGGACAAAAUUGCAGCAGUCUGCAGAAUGUUCUUAGGAAGACGAAACAGGACAAGGCAACUCUAAUAGUAGGAUUACUAGUGUGGUAACAAAGGAUGUUUGCACAUUUUGUUGAAUUAUUUUGCCUCUUUUCUAAAACAUUUUGACACACACAGUAUCUUUCCUAGAAAUUCUUGGAAAUGCUACAAGAGACUUUCUGGCAGAGAGUUUUGAGAUUGCUAGAUAAUGUAUUACUCUUCCUUCUUGUUCUGAGUUGAUUAACAAUGAGAAUAUGGUUUGUAACUACAACUAUUUUUUUCUCUUGUACUUAAGUUUUAGUGCAGCUUGGGUGUGUUUCCAAAGGGACCUAGCCAUGAUUUGUGCCUCAGCACUGUAAUUCUAAGCUUGGUCCUUUCUAGCACAAGAGAUUAUCUCAGUGGACUGCCUGAAAAACUUAAUAGUCCAGUUGGAUUUGGCACUAGUCUUACUGUGUUCUAAAUUACACACAUGUGCUUUCUUUGACAGUUCUUAUUUUAAUUAUUGAGUAUCUGUGUGAUUGCUUUUUAAAUCAGUACUUGAUUUCCCUUCGUAUAAUUUUCUACCAAAAAUAGAAAGAGUGGAAAGUUGGUUAAAUUUCUCUCAAGCAGAUUUUUCUUUAACAUUUUCACAAGGAGCAAGUCAGGUUCUUUGACUAACAACAUUUUUUUCAACACAUUACCAUUUAAACUAGAGCUAAACCUCCCAGUUUUUCCAGCUUCUACCAGGAUUGAAGAGUGAGUAUUACAGAGAUGUUAAAGAAGAACUACUCAGAAGACUAAUAUAAGUCUUAGCUAAAUAAGAAAUAGUAAAAUGGCUUGAUAUCUGGAUUGAUACAUGUGCAUAAGUGUAUAGGGCAAGCAUUUGUCACCUGCACAGUCCUAACAAGUUAGAAGUGUGAGCAGAAACCUGUUAAGUGUUAGGGCAGAGAUUGCCCUGGAGUGUGCAGGGAAGCCCUAGUGAAAGGUUCUUCUGUGGCUUUACAUGACUGCUUAUACUGCAACAUUUCUCGGCUAUUGACCUGAGGGCACAGAAAAAGGAAUUUACUGCCAACAGUUUUCAUCUGCAUCCUCUUUCUGUGUCCCAUAGCUCAGGAUGUUUUAUCCAUUUUGUUUGGUUUAUGUUGCCUUUGAUAUGACAGUUAUGUUAUAAGGAAAAGCAGUAUAUUGCUAACUGUAUAUUGAGUCUUUUUGCAUGUCCAUGAAUGUGGCAAAGUUUAGUGGGAACUAGUUGCCUGCUGGACUGCAGAGGCAUCGUAAAACUGUCUUCCCCAUUCUGACUGGUUGCUGCAUGCACCCAUAUCUAAGGAAGAAAAAUUGAAAAGUUGAAAGAAGAAAGGAGAUUUCAAGGUACAUAUUUCUCUCAAUAACUGAUGAGCUUGUGAAAUGGAAGUACUUUUUAAAACAAAUAAAUUUGCACUUUGCACUUACAUUGUUACCUUUGUACUUCUUAUCUCUCUUAACAAUUAGCUGCAAGUUUGAUAUUGUUCAUUACACUAAAAAGAAAAAGAAACAUGUAUUCAUAUAUUAGCAAUGAUUCAUGAAUAAUAUUUAAGUCAUGCUUUUAGAGUAUGCUUUAAUAUUAAAUACUGUUCUUACUAAAAGGGCAAGAAGUGUAUGUGGUACAUGUCAGUACUUAUCAAAAUGAUUGGUACAUGAGUCUUCACUGAGAAACUUUCAUCCUUAAAAAGCUACUAGUAUGGAAUUUGUUUAUACAACAAAAAGUAGUAAAAGUAUCACUACACUUAACUUCCAUGACUGCCUGAUCUAAAUAUGGAAUUCAUACCCAUUCUCACAUCUUGUUCGUUUGGUUCCCUUCCAGUCUUGUUUUCUCACUACUAAUUGUAUGCAUUGCAUACGUGACACUUUUCAAAAACUUCUUCAGUUUCUCACUGUAAUUUUAGUCAACCCAAUUUGCACUUUAUUUUUUAUAUCACAAUAUUACAUUAGGUAAGUAUAAAAAUCAGCAAGAAAAACUACAAACAGAAACUAAAAGAAAUUAUUUUUUAUCCUGAUUGCAUUUUGGAAUAGUUUUAUGAACAACUGUAAGCAAGAUUGGCAAAUCUUGAAGGUACCAUAUCAAAAUGUAUUGCUCUAACAUGUUUUUGCAAUAUAAUGUUAUAUAUUCUACAGCCUAAAGUGUUCUAUAGCUGUGUGGGCACCCAUAUUCGUAAUGCAAUUCAGCAGCUUUUGCAGUUUGUUUCUUGGCAGCAAACAGGUAAUACAUUCAUUUCCCCAGAACACCAGAGUGCCUUCUCUGUUUUGCACCCCCAGGGUAACAAAAGUACUGUCCAAAACAUUGAUGUCUUCACUUUUUUCUCCCUCUCCUGUUUGUUAGGAUUUUUUCCUCUUUCUUCCUCAAUUUCUUUUUUUUCCACCCAAAACAUUGUAUUCAUCUAAUACAGGAGUCAUAAUCCAGUUUGAUAAAGAAUAAAUGGUACCAUGGCAUAUGUUUCCUUUUCCUGAACACGGAGCGGAAAGCACCCUGGGUAAUUCCACUUGGUUUUUUGCCAGAGUCUUGGCAAAACCUCUCUCUGGACUUGUGUAGUGCAAGAAGGGAAAGGAAUCCCCAGGUUCACAUUUGAUUUUUGCAUCUGCUGUGACUGUGCUCUCUGAGCAGUGCCCACCUCUGUGCAGAUACACUCCUGGGUAAAUCUGCAGGUUUGUUUGUUUUUAAUUAUAGAGACAGUAGAUUCCACAUCCUUAUUAAAAUAUAGAAAAAUCACAGACACAAUGCAAACAACUGUGUAUUUCUUUAUUAUAUGCCUUAUUAUUUAACUUUGUUUGCAAAAAUAUAAACAAGAAAACCAUAAGAGCAACACAAAGCAGAAGUUCCCAUACUCAAAUUUAUCUAAAUUAUAAAGGAAAAUCAAGCUUUUUAUUGGAUUAAACACAAAAAUGUGGGUACUUUUAAUACAGUGUAUAUAACAAUGGUGUAUUAUUUAUUUAAUGUCUAUUUCAGCCUAGUGAAUUACACUGGCUGGGGUCACAUUGGAUAGGGUCAUACUUUAGAAUAUUUGUACAGAAAUUCAUAAUGAAGUGGAAUAUGGUACAAAUGCAGUUUUAAUUUAUUUUCAUUCCUGUGUAUUAUGAUGUAAUAAUUAUGAAGUUCUUGACCUAAAAUUAGACAACAAAUCAUACAUCAAUGUCUUUUCUUUAAUAGUCUUACCCAGAAAGCAGAUUUGCUUUGAGAGGAGGACUGGUUACUAUUUCAAAGUGAGGGUCUGGUCUUCAUUUGACUUGUAUAGCCUGUUUUAAUAACUCCUAAUACCCUCUGAUGAGGGCAAUGGGGAAACAAUUUUUUGUAUGAGUAUUAAAUAUUCAACUCCAUUUUCAGCCUUUUAAAUAUAGCGUCCGUCCUAAAUGAACUCUCUUCAGUAAUGUCUCUGUAAUCUGUGUUUACAGUGUUAUAAACAUUUUCACUUUGCUGCUGGAUUCUUGAUAUUUUGGAGUACAGUUGUUUAGAUGUUGCUGGCCUGUAUGUUUGCAGCACCAGCGAGCACAGAAGAUCAAUCACACAAUAUUUUUCCUUGUAGCUUGUACACACCAGUAACUAAAAAGUCAAGCCUGAUACUGUCAAGUUCAGACAUCUUGCCUUUGUGUGUGCUUUGAGCAUGAAGGUUUCAUUACAUGUAUAUAAAAGAGAUAUUUCUACCACUUCUUUUCUGAUGUAUACACAGAAUGAUAAAAUCUCUGGUAUGCUUUUUCUGUAAGUAUAUACAUAUUAGAGACAUCCUUCUUUUAGAAUGUGAUCUUCCAAAGCCAAAAAAAGGUGAUGAGAUAAGGAGAAGCAGCUUGAUGGAAAAUAGGUGUAAUGGUUUCCUAACAAUAGUUUCUCAACAAGGCUUUUGUUAGGCAACAAUAUGAUCUGUGUGACCUUGUACAUGCUAUGUAAUAUAUAUAUUACAUCCAUAUAAAUGUAUAUGGUUUCUGCAGAUGUAUAUAUAUGUGUGUGUAUAUAUAUAUAUGGUUUCUCUGGGUGUUCAAAGAUAUUAAUUAGGAAAAAAAGAAAAUGGCUUAUUUGAAGAACUAAGGUAUUGAUUUUUAGGAAUUAGAGGGUUAAAAGAAUUUGUUGAGUAUAUAUGCAUCUAAUAUUCUGGAAAUUGUAAAAUUUAAUUUCAUUUCUUUGAUAUUUUAUACAUUUUUCUUUAUAUUUCCAGAAGUUCUGAGUCUAAAUAAAAACCCCAAACGACUUACUUUUUUUUUGUACACUAUAUGCAAAUAAAGUCACAUAUUCUGUUUAAGACAAGGUAAAUAAUGGCACCCAGAAGUGCGACUGGCAGUAGUGGUUUUUAAUUCAAAAUGCUUUGGAGCUGCUGCUGAAAUCUUCAUCUUGAAACUGAAGUGCAAUGUAGAGGAUUCUGAAAACAGCCCAACUACAUCUAUUUCAUGAAAUACAAACCUACCACAGCUGGAAAUUUAUUUGAGGAUGCUGAUGGUGCUGCAGCUUUUCCAUUGACAAGGAAAGACCACGUUACUUUGCUACAGAAAUCUCUUCUCCCUACCUUUCUUUCCUUUUUCUGUUGUCCUCCAAAUCACUGUCAGAAUGUUAUCAGUUAUGGAGUAGGGUAGAGAGGUAGAUCUGAUAAGAACUGAAAAAGAAUAAGCAUGCGCUAAACUCCUCAAUUCUAGCUACUGUAAGCUAAAUUGUUGCUUUACCUGUAAUACAGUAAAUAUUUUAACAAUUUUAAGAGCAACUUACUAUUGAUAAAAUACUGAUCACUAUCAGGAUAUGGACUUUGCUUUUCU